AUGGCGAGGAAGCGUCAUGUUCCCCCUGUUCCCGAAGAACUGCCACCCUGCGAUGGCCCAAAACUUCCCCUAUUCGAGCAUCACAAUUCCAAAAUCGAAUGGCUUGAACGGCUUGGAGAUGGUGAGGAGACAUCACACGAGGGUUAUGUCUUUCGUGUUAAAAUCAAACGAGCCGAGUACGCAAUUAAAGUGGGCUUGCAGUUCAAAUUCUACGACCCGAUGGAAAGCGAAUACUUCUGGGAACCUCUCAUCGGGGACGUGUCCCUGAAUACGGCCGCCUAUUAUACCGAUCCAUUCUACGCUGAAUGCCGCGCGUACGGUCGAAUUCGAGAAGCCACAAAGAAGAGACCCAAGAUAUCCGACGCGGCAACUCGUUGCUACGGGUUCCUUUUUCUCAGUGAUAGAGAUCAAAGAUAUCUGGAAGGGAAGAAGUGUGACUUGGGACUGGAGGAGGUUGAUCUGGCGUACCAGCGACAGACACCCGGGGGCGUCAGACCACGGGCGAUUGUGAAAAGCCUUGCAUCAUCAGAUCAUGGCAUCACCGAGCUCAAUCUGAGAAAGAUUCUUGAUCGUAUCCAUAUGUUGAACCGAGAGAGAAUAUACAAUAUGGAUAUUCGAUUAGAUAACAUCAGAGAUGGGAAGCUCGUAGACUUUGGAUCAUCAUGGACUGAGCCACAUAAACUUCUAGAUGCGCUGGAUGCUGGCACAUCCUACAGCUAUAGAACAACAGAUCGAGCUAUGUUUGAUGAGAUGGUGGUGGAUGAAAGCCUCCCAAACCCUAAGCAUAUUGUAGCUAUGCACUUCAUGACGCUGCGACCAAGAUAUAACUAA